CACCGUUCCACAAACGCGUCAUCCGAAGCAAUAGAAGCAACGGAUCAGGAGGUUCUUUUCUUCUUCCCUUAACUAAGCACAUAGUACAGAAUAGGUUAUAAAUACCCGCCCUCAUCACCUCCAGAAUCUCAUCAACAACAACUCAUCUCUCAAUCCUUUUAAAACAAAACAAUUCUACUCCCCUCACAAACAACCACAAUGAAGCUCUCCAUCUUCGCCUCUCUCUUCCUCGCCGGCUCUGCCAUCGCCGCUGGCGCCGGUGGUAGCGGUGGUUCCAAGACCAUCGACGACAACCAGCCCUGCCAGUCCGACAGCAAGACUGAAUACUGCAAGAGCGGCCUCUGCGUCCAAGAGCCCAGCCAGACCGCGGGCGUAUGCAAACCUAAGGGCCAGAACUAAGCGUUUUCUGCGCCUAUGAUAUGUAUAUAAAUAUAUAUAUAACUGAAUUUUAAUAAUUCUUUUGUCGCUGA